UCUUCGUCCGUGAGGGCAACUUUCGACCACGUUGUGUAUCCCAACCACAACAAUGACCAAAUACAGGGAUCUGCGCCCUGGUGCGAAGCAACUCUGCUUGAACCCAAUUCAGACACUUUUUUUUAUUUUAUUUUUACGCUCCUUCUUCUGGACAAACACCUAUGCCUCGAGCCAUAAUCCACACUCCUUUUCGUAUGAAUGUGAGCGAGCACAUCAUUCAUCCGUCGACUGAGGCGAUCCCGCACGGAACGUGGUCAGAGUGUUUCACGCAUUGGCCAUUUCUGCACAUUUCCAGGCAACCAACUGUUGCUGUACGCCCGCGAUGGAAGUUCGUGUCGCUUUCACUUCUCUUCCCCCCCCCCCGCAUCUUUCUUCGGCACGGCAUUACGCGAGGUUACUCUAUUUGGACACAAAACGCUACUGCAGUGCCGACAGAAAAACAAACCGACGCCGACGGCAAUCACACUAGUAACAUCAGCAGCAGAGAUUUCUGGAAGUCAUUCUCUCCACCCCCAAUAACGUUUGAGAGCAACGGUGGGAAAAAACAAAAGAAGGUUCCCCCUCCCACUCAACAUCCUCUGGUGUAUCUGUUGUCAAGGUACAGCACGGGGUGGCGGGCAAGCUCAUCGAGAGCAAGACUUCAGCAUCUGAAUAUCGGGCCAGUCGGUCGACCGCCUUUUACCCUUGACGCCCUCCGCUCAUGGGAAAGUAUCGACUCGAGGCACCAGCCCCACCAAGCACCGUUCACCUCAUUUGCAUUUGUUUUCCCACCAUUACACACCCACACCUUUCAUUUGCAUUUUUUUUUUCUCGAUACCCUUUUCCUCUAUACCAUCCUCAUCCCUGUAUUUCUACAUAUCAUUUAGUUCUUCUCUCAUUUGCAUUUUCAUGGUUUUUUUUUCUUUCUUCUGC